AUGUUGCGAGCACUUGUCAUCGUGGCGUGCCCGUUGGCACCGGCGUUGACGGUCCCCAGAGUCAGGGCGCCGUGGAGUAGGGGGGACCAAGGCCGCAUCGUGAACGGCGAAAGCACGACCAUAGAGGAGCACCCUUGGCUCCUCUCCAUACAGUUGCUGGCCACACACGUGUGCGGCGGCUCCAUAAUCGCCAGGAUGUGGGUAAUGACUGCGGCACACUGCUUAUACGACGACGUGGACAAGAUGUUGCUGCGGGCUGGCUCGUCAGAAAGGGAGAGUGGCGGAGUCGUCUUCAACGUAUCGACAGUCAUUUACCACGAGGAUUUAAACAGCAGCAACCUCGAUUACGACGUCGCUCUCUUGCAGCCUUCUGAACCGUUCCCGGUGGGACCGAACAUCCAGAUCGUCAACCUGCCUUCUAAAUUCGGAUACGAGGCCCCUGCAGGCCUCCCUGUCACUGUCGUCGGCUGGGGCUCGGACGGCGACGGCAACCGACCUGAACAGUUGCAGAAAGUGGACCUCUCCGUUGGCAAAACAUCGAUCUGCAAGGACAUAUUUGCCGAUUACAACCCAGUCACCGAGAGUAUGAUGUGCGCAGGUGCCAUCAACAAGAGCCCCUGCAAUGGUGACUCCGGGAGUCCGCUAGUGUUCGGAAGCGUGGAGGUCGGCAUCGCGUCCUGGUGGGACGAGAACUGCGAGUACCCGCUGGCGGUGUACACCAGCGUAGGCUUCGUGCGUCUCUGGAUCCAAAAUCAAAUUGGAGACUAA